AUGACCAGAUCUAUCGCCACAGCGGCGGCGAGGCUCGCGCGACGCGGCGCAUCCGUUAUAAGGAGCUCUCAUCAUCAGCAGCAUCUUCAGCCCUCGUUACAAUCACACCUUGCUUCACAUCCGCCUCGAUACAAUCACACCCCGACGAGCCCCGCAUCGCUGGCGCCGCUGCUCUCUCUGCGGUCGCGAUUGUUCUCCGCCGAUGCGCAGAACGCUCCUUCGCAGAGUGCUGAAAUCGAGCGCUCUUCUAGCGAAAGUGCUGCAGUGAAGACUGCUUUCGCGCAGAAGGCACCUUCCCCGGAAACGGACGCGCCGAUUACGCUGGAUGUGAAGGGAGUGGAGAUGAGAGGACGGCCGCUGUACCUCGAUAUGCAGGCCACCUCCCCCGUGGAUCCGCGGGUGUUAGACGCCAUGCUGCCGUUUUUCACGGAGCAGUACGGCAAUCCGCACUCGCGCACGCACCUGUACGGGUGGGAGAGCGAGGGGGCAGUGGAGGCAGCACGGCAGCAGGUGGCGUCUCUCAUCGGCGCGAGUCCUAAAGAAAUUAUAUUCACUUCAGGGGCAACUGAGUCGAACAACAUUGCCAUCAAGGGCGUGGCGCACUUCUACAAGGACAAGAAGCGCCAUGUGAUUACAACACAGACGGAGCACAAGUGUGUGUUGGACUCAUGCCGGCACCUGCAGCAGGAGGGCUUCGACGUCACUUACCUCCCCGUCGGCUCCGACGGUCUCGUCGACCUCGAAACCCUUAAAGCCGCGAUUCGCCCGGAUACAGUUCUCGUUUCGAUCAUGACCGUUAAUAAUGAGAUCGGUGUCAUCCAGCCGCUCGCCGAAAUCGGGCAGCUCUGCCGGGCAAACAAAAUCUUUUUCCACACCGACGCCGCGCAGGCGGCGGGUAAAAUCCCGCUAAGUGUCGACGAGCUAAACAUUGAUCUUCUCUCGCUUAGCAGCCAUAAGAUCUACGGCCCGAAGGGGGUUGGCGCUUUGUACGUGCGGCGCCGCCCGAGAGUGAGGCUCGAACCUCAAAUGAGCGGUGGAGGCCAGGAACGGGGUCUCAGGUCCGGUACCGUACCUACCCCGCUGGUGGUCGGGCUAGGUGCGGCGUGUGCGGUCGCCGAAGCGGAACUCGAACGUGAUUACCGCCACGCGGAGAGGUUAAAGGAGCGGCUUUUAAAGGGGAUAACGUCCCAGCUCGAAGGGGUUGUGAUCAACGGCUCUGAUGAACCCGGGAAGCGGUACCCGGGCAAUCUGAACCUCUCGUUUGCGUAUGUGGAGGGGGAGAGCCUGCUGAUGGGGUUGAAGGAGAUCGCAGUGUCAAGUGGCAGUGCGUGCACGAGUGCGAGUCUUGAGCCUAGUUAUGUGCUGCGGGCGCUGGGAGUAGAGGAGGAAAUGGCUCAUACGUCCAUUCGGUUCGGGUUUGGCCGUUUCACGACAGAAGAGGAAGUGGACAGGGCUGUGGCACUGACAGUGCAUCAGGUGCAGCGGCUGAGGGACAUGAGCCCACUGUGGGAGAUGGUGCAGGAAGGGAUUGACAUCAAAACCAUCCAGUGGUCGCAGCAUUGA